CGUUGCCGGGAACGCACACAUCCGAUGGUGUCCCUCGCCGGGGUGUGACAACGCCAUCAAAGUAGAGAUAUUGGGAGCGAUGCCUGUGACCUGUAAGUGUGGGGGCGUGUGUUGCUUCAAGUGCGGUGCGCAAUGGCACGAGCCUGUGGCGUGUGACAUGCUCAAGAAAUGGGUGCAGAAGUGCCACGACGACAGCGAGACAGCGCAUUGGAUCAAUGCCAAUACGAAGGUAGGCGAGGAGUGUCCCAAGUGUCAAGUGACGAUUGAGAAGAACGGGGGCUGCAACCACAUGGUCUGUAAAUCAGCAGUGUGCAAGCACGAGUUCUGCUGGGUGUGCAUGGGUGACUGGCUUCCCCACGGCAGCGCGUGGUACAACUGUGCAAGAUUUGACGAGAAGGACACCAAGGAUGUGAGAGAAAAUGCCAAU